AAAGGGUUUAUUAAGCGGAGAAGCAAGCCACGGAGAAACUUUAUUGAAAGAGAACAACAAGUCGUGCGAAUUAAGUUUACGGCAGACAGGACCGAGAGCUGAGAGAGAGAGAGAGAGAGAGAGAGAGAGAGAGAGAGACGACAACAGGCAUCUGGUGGAUGGAGAGAAAAUGGAGGUGGACAGAAGAGAGGUGCCUCUAUAUGGACAGGUGGAGGCAAAUGUGAGGUUACAAGCCAACGCUCCCGAAGAUGCUGAGUUUUAUGUAGUUUUACAAGGCUCCAGCCUUACACAUGUGACUGCAGCAAAAAGAGGAGAUGAUGGGCUGACCCUUUGCUUCACAGUUCCCGGCCAUUCCCUUGUGGAAGUUGUCUCUGUCACAUCCUACUUUUACGCAGAGGACCAAGUCAAGCCAUGCGAGGGUGAAGCAUCUCUUGAAUACCUCAGAGACGUUGCCCAGGAGGCAGCAGAAUACCUGAGUGCAAACAGGGACCAGCUUGGCCCCCAGAGCUACCUAGAAGUCCUGAAGAGGUUUCUGGUGCAGGGAGUUGAUGAGGAGCUCUUCGCUGCAGGCCUGGACUGCAAUGAGGAGGAUGUGCGGCUCAGACAAAAUUCAGGUGAUGAAGCUGGUCUCAGGCAGCUGGACGAGAAGAUCACGCAGGCUAUGGCCAACAUGGAUUACCCUCAGCAGUGGAAAAACGCCGGCAGUCAGCCGAGAGAAGCUGAAGAGCUUCAGCCCAGAGAAACCCUCCUUCACCUUGCAGUGCGUUUGGGUUUGGUUCAUCUCUCCCGUUUCUUAAUCCACCAACCAAGAGGUCAAAGGGCAUUGACCUUACCCAAUCAGGAGGGAGACGCGCCUCUCCAGUUGGCUCAGAAGGACGGACAGCAUGCCAUGUUCAGGGUGCUGGCAGCUCCUCCAGGUCCUGUAGACGGCCCUGUUCCAGGUGUGUGGUGUGUGUGGUCCGACAGCUCCUGCAUGCUGAGGUUUUGUCCCGGGACGGACUCCCUGAGCUUGACUGUGCGACAGACACCUGGCAGCUGCCCUCAGGACGGCAUCUUGCUCCUCCGAGACAGACGUGGAGACCACAGCAUCCUCAAACUGAUCAAUGUGCUCAAAGCUGACAGUGAGGCAGCGAAGAGAGGAAAAGAGGAAUUUCUUCCUAGUGAUGGAGGAAUAAGAACGGAGCUCCGAGUGGAAGAGCCCACGCUGGUGGACAAUGUUUUUGAAGAACAACUUGUUCUUUCUUUGGAUGAUGACGAUGAAGAAGAGUACCCAUCCUCUUUAUCCGUAAAUGGGCAUCCCAUGCAGUCCGGUGGAGUCCAGAGCCAGUCGCCGCAGGGUGCUACAGACCCUCUGCUCUCCAUGAUCAACAGCAGCGAUCAGACCUUCACACAUCAGACACAGGAAGAAGAUAACGACAUCAAGUGUAGCGUCGGUGAAGUGACCAGGGACAGCACGGGGACAGACAGCGGGUUAUGGGACGCGGUGGAGUCAGACGAUCUCCUGCUGCUAGCCACUGACACUCCUCCUCCCUAUUCAGACGAUUUCUACGCUGCCUCUAUACCCUGCUCUCCCCCACUCUCACCCGCUGGCCAGGCACUCGCCAGGCUGAGCCGCCCUGCCUCCUCUGAGCCAACAGAUCCCAGAGAAAGUCCGCCCAUGGACACCUGCGACCUCAGUCUGGUGGCUCUGGAAGUGGACAGUGAAGAGGACAGCCCUGAGCCAAAGUCUCCGCUUUCCCCGCUCUCGUCAGAUGUUGAGAAAAGUGAAGACAAAAGGGAAAUCCUUCGUCCCUCCCCUGACCUCACGUGCACUCGCAGCCAAUCUGCCUCAGCAUGUGAACCCGCCACAAAAGAUUUGGGUGACCAGGGGAUUCGGCUGCGUUCGUAUUCCUACUCUUCCCCCAAAAUCAGCUUCCGUCCUGCUCGUUUUGCCCGGGACAACAGCACAUCAGAUAUCAGCCCUGAUGCCGUGCUCCACAGUGUCAGCCACAGCCGAUCUCUCCUUCAGGCCCUCUCUCUGUCUAAAUCUCUGUCUCUUCUCCACCCUGGUAAGCAAAGAGCAUCCAGUAUAUCAGAGCAGUCCCAUGAAAACAGAAUUGAAGAGGAGGAGUUGGAUAAAUACAACAUCCCGACAAAGGUGGAGUCAGAGAAGUACAAAGUCAUUCGCACCUUCAGUUUUCUCAAGAGCAGGAUGUCCAGCACGCGCAACAAGACCAAGGCGAAGGGGAAGGACAGAGAGGCCAAGGAUAGGCAGCUGAAUGGACAUCGGUUUAACACAGGGUCCUGUUUGGGCCCCACCGUGUGUGUGGUGUGUGAGAAACCGGCAUCUGGAAAAGACCUGCUGCAUUGCUCCAGUUGCACUACUAUCGUCCAUAAGGGCUGUCAGGAAUCUGUCCCCCCAUGUUUGAAAAAACUUCAGGAUAAGUAUGCCGUUACCAUGGUGAAAACCAGGACAGCAUCCCUCCCACAGAAUUUCACAGUGAGAGACAGUCCUCCUCAGUGUGUUGUCCCCAUCUCUACCUCUCUUCCUCUCAUGAAAGACCCUGCGCCCCACCCGGGCCUACUCUCUGGGGCUUUCCCAAACAGUGACAGUCAGCUCAGUGAGAGUUCAGAGAAAGAGUCUGAUGCCUGGAAGGUGACCAGCCGAUCAGAAGAGCUCCUGCCGACUCCAGUGUCCUCAACUUCCACUGACUCAUCCUUCGGAGAAGACUGCGUGGACGCGUGCAUCCACAGUGACAUCUCAGCCGAUGCUGUGGAUUACGAGGCUGAGUCGUGGAGUCUUACUGUGGAGCACAAGUUCUGCAAGAAGCAGGACAAACGAGCUGUCAAGAGGCAGGAUGUUAUCUAUGAGCUGAUGCAGACCGAGCUUCACCACCUACAGACGCUACACAUCAUGGCCGAGGUUUUCCGGCGAGGCAUGAGGGAGGAAGUGCAGCUAGAUACAGAAGCGGUGGAGCGGGUCUUCCCCUGUCUGGACCAGCUGCUUCUCUUCCACCACGCCUUCUUUGCCUCCAUGAAAGAGAGGCGACACAGCUCCGCCCAGCCCCAGGGACACAGCAAUUACCUCAUCCAGCGAAUAGGAGACGUCUUGCUCCAACAGUUUUCAGAUGAGAAUAGCGAGAAAAUGAAGCAGGUGUAUGGAGAGUUCUGCAGUCGCCACAACGAAGCGGUCAGCUUUUUCAAAGAGCUCCAGCAGCAUAACAAGAGAUUUCAGAACUUUGUUAAGCAACAAGGUAAUAAUUCUUUGGUGAGACGGAGGGAGAUCCCAGAGUGCAUCUUGCUGGUAACCCAAAGGAUUACAAAGUACCCAGUGCUCUUGGAGAGGAUCCUAAAAUAUACUCAAGAGGAAACAGAGGAGCAUGCAGAUCUUUCGAAAGCACUGGCUCAGAUUCGAGAGGUGAUAGCAGCCGUGGACCUCAGCGUCAGCGAAUACGAGCGGCAUCAGAGGUUACAGGAAGUGUGGAACCGCAUAGAGAACCGCAGCGCAGCGAAGCUGAAGAACGGCCAUACCUUCCGCAAGCAGGACAUGAUGGGGCCGGGACAAACGCUCAAACACCAGGGCCUGCUUCUGUGGAAGACUGCCACCGGUCGACUCAAAGAUGUCCUGGCUCUCCUUCUCACCGAUGCACUCAUCUUCCUGCAAGAAAAAGACCAGAAGUUUACGUUUGCCACAGUGGAUCAGAAGCCUCCAGUCAUCGCACUGCAGAAGUUAAUAGUGCGAGAAGUAGCAAACGAAGAGAGGGGGAUGUUUUUGAUCAGCGCGUCAGCCGCCGGGCCAGAAAUGUACGAGGUCCACACAUCAUCCAAAGAGGAACGGAACACCUGGAUGAGGCUCAUUAGAGAGGCUGUAGAGAGCUGUCCGGAGGAAGAAGAAGAAUACACAAGUGAAUCUGAAGAGGAGAAGCGAGCUGCCGAGGCGCGUAUUCAGAAGAUCAAUAAGCUACAAGAGAAUCUGCUGAGCCAAGACCAGCGGAUCUGCUCCAGCCUGGAGGAGAAGCUGCAGGUCUACGCAGAGCUCGCUGCUCUGAGUGGGAGGAACGAAGUAUCGCUGGUCCAGCCGCGACUGCUUGUCCAGCCGCACUGCGAGGAGCUGCCCCAGGCUGCCGUGUUGCUGGCUGCAGCUGUGCAAGAGGCUGAGAACCUGAAAGCCACGCUGUCAUCCAAGGCCUGUUCUCCACCGAGCCACAGCCUGGACUCUGACACCGACUCUGUGUUUCCUGUCAGCCCUGCUACGCUUGUAGAGCCCCCCUCAGACUGGCUCUCAGACACGAAUGACAUCGACUUCAAGGUUGCUCAAAGUGUCCAAAGCCUGACCCAGUUACUCUACAGCGUGCAGGCCGCAGUGACCAUGCAGGACAGCUGCUAUGAGGUCCAGAGGCUCCUCCUCCAAGAGACUGGGCGUCCGUCCCCCCGCGCCCAGCGGCCGCACCUUCCGAGCAUCCGGGGCAACACCCUACAAGAACAGGAGAAACAGCGUAACCUGGAGAAGCGGAAGGAGGAGGUGGCGGCGGCUCAUCGGCUCCAGAACCGACUGCGCCAAGAGAAGGAGCGCUGGGAGAGGGAGUGCCAGGCCAGGGAGAGCCAGCAGGGGGAGCAGGAGAGCAGGCUGGAGGAGAGGGAGAGGCAGUGCCACCUGGAGACGGAGAGGCUGAGGCGCGAGAGGGACGAGUUGGACGAGCAGCUGGAGGAGUACCAGCAGAGCCUGGAGCGGCUCAGGGAGGGCCAGAGAAACGUGGAGAGGGAGCGCGAGCGUCUGGAGAACCAGCAAAAGCUGCUCCAGACCUGGAGACACAGCCGGCAGAGUAGUCUGCCCACUGUGAUUCCUCCCAUGGUCAUCCCUCUAGAUGGGCAGCAGGACUCGACACCAAGUCAGUCCAGAGACCACGCCGGUAACGGCUCCGUGUUUGUGAAUGAGGCUGCGUUCGCCAACACCAGCGUCAACAAUCGCCACGUCCACCACAAACGACAUGACCCCAACGCGCACAAUUGUCUCAACACCCUGCUGGCAAGAUCCAACAGCAGACAUGCCUCCAUUGCUAAGGCUCCCCACAGACCACACUCAGACUCCCAGGGAUGGAUGAUGGGGACAGGAUACUUGUGCAGCCCUGCAGGGAGGCUGGGGCUGCAGCAAACACCCAGUGAUGACAGUCACAGCUAUAUCAGCGAGACCUGGUCGUCAACAGCAAGUGGAGCUAACCCAUAUCCGGUGCUCCCACAUCCCAGUGACCCUCAGCUGGACCUCCGUGCACUGGUUUCCUUGGAGACUGACAGCGGAGCGGAGGAGGGCAGUGAGGAAACCAUUGUGUACCUCUGAAUGUUGUUAGAUUUCAGACUCUAAACAGCCAACCCAGCACUUGGAAAAAAAGACAUUUCAUGAAGCGUCAGAAUUGAAUCCAGGGUUUGCUUCAGAAAGCAUUUCUCUCUUUAACAGUCUUUUGUUAUGUUUUUCUUUUAUAUAUUUGAAAGAUUUUUGUGGUCUUUUUGUAAUUGUAAAUCUACUGGAAAUACGGAGAGAGACACAGAGAUAAAGAAGGUUGUUUCAGACUCAAUCUCACAUGUGUCAUGCACCUUAGCUCAAAGCACCCCUGGGUGUACAAUGUCUUGUGUGUGUGUGUGUGUGUGUGUGUGUGUGUGUGUGUGUGUGUGUGUGUGUGUGUGUGUGUGUGUGUGUGUGUGUGUGUGUGUGUGUGUGUGUGUGUGUGUGUGUGUGUGUGUGUGUGUGGUCUUUGACUGGGUCCCUGCAGCUACACCUUUCAUCUUUUCCCUGUCUCUGCUUCUCCUUUCUCAGGUUCCACAUAUCUUGCCUGAACGCCAUAUUUGUUAAAUUUACCACAAAAGAGGAGGAAAGUCGUAUACCCAGUAUAAGCUGGCUGUAUCUCUCUAGCGGGUGAUUGUCUUGCCAUGGAGCAAACUGCCCCUCUAUCAUUUAUCAGACAGGCUCUGUUUAUGUACAUAACGUGAAGCACAAAACACUAGAGUUGAAACAUGAGGUGCGACAGCGUCAGUCGCACUUUUUUUAGACCGCUGCCUAUAGUCAUCAUUCAUUUCUUUUUAUCUAUAGCAUGUUUUUCUUGUUAAGAGAAAUAAGCAUAGAUGUGGUUUGAAGAGAGAUGUUGCAUCUGUGCAAAUACGUCCAUUUUAUCAGUGUGUAGACAUUCAACCGCAAAAGCCUGAGAAAGCAUGUUUUUGUAAAAAGUGAAAGGAAGUUGUGGUGCAGGAAGAUGGACAGAAGGAAAAUAUGUUUGUUCAAACCAUUUUAAGCACUAAUGUAAUUAUUUUCCAAUUGUCAUGACAAUUGUCAUUUAGCCACACAAGCAGCAUAGCUCUAGGAAGGUAAUGCCGGUCAGUCGGUUUACUACUUUGGUCCAUUGCCAUGAAAUUUUGUGCAGACGUUCAUGGUCCCCGGAGGAUAAAUCCUAAUUAUUUUAGUGAUUCCAUGACUUUUCCUUUUUCACUACUGUGUGUUUAAUAUCGGAGGUUUGUCAUGUCCCACACAGGAUGAAUCAUAAUAACUUUGGUGAUCCCUAAACUUUUCAUAUAGCACCAUCUUCAGGUCAAACCUUUAAUUAAUCUAAUACUUUGAUUCAUGACCAAAUACCUGAAACACUAAUAACAUUCCCAUCAGACUCAGCUGUACUUUGUGCUUAGUGCUAAUUAGCAAAUGAUAGCAUGCUAACAGUCUAAAAGUAAGAUGGUGACCAUGGUAAACAUUAUACAUGCAAAUCAUGUUAGCAUUGACAUUGCGUGCAUGUUAGCAUGCUGUUAUAAGCAUUCAACCCAAAGCACCACUGUGCCUUAGUACAGCCUUACAGAGCUACAAGCAUGACUGUAGACCCUUAAUCUAUUGUUGUUGUUUUUCUGUCAUUACUUUAGAAAACUACCAUCUUUGCUUUAUACAAGCUGUAAUGGGUGGAAGAUGUUGUCCUGAAAUUCUUUGCAAGCAUCCAGAACAAUAGGAAUGUUGCCUUAUUGAUAUUGUCAUGCUUAAUGCUAAACUAUUACACUUGAAUAUAUUUACAUAUUAUCUCUCAUUGGCAUUUGUACCUGUGCCAAUGCUUUAGGUGUCUCUCAAUGUUUUUACAGACACUAUAAAAGGUGAAAUUGAUUGAAUUACUGUUGUAGUUUCUAAAUGGGACAAUAAUACAGUGGCAGUAUUUUUGAUGUGAUCUUAGUACCAUGUAUAUAUGUUUGUGCGUUUAUUAAUUUAUUACAGUAGAAAAGAGUUCUACAGUGCUUUGUGAAGGGUUGUAUUGUACAUACAAGUGUACCUGUGUGAACAGGUGUGUUUUAAUGCGUCCGUGUUGUGUGCUCAGAUAUGGCUGUAUUGAUAAAAUUACUUUUACUGAA